AUGGGCGCCGCAACUUCAGAAAGGACGGCCUCCGCCGAAUGCAUUUCGGACGAUGCCCUCAUCCACCUCAAGUCCUACAAAUACUCGUCCGUCGACAAGUCGCCCAUCUCCAACUACAUUCUCCGACCCUACUGGAAUGCCGCCGUUGAGCUCCUGCCGCUAUGGCUGGCCCCGAACAUGGUCACCCUGCUAGGCUUCUUCUUCAUCCUCGGAAACAUUGGCCUUCUGGUCAUCUUCAUGCCUGAUCUGGUCGGACCGGGUCCGUCAUGGUUGUACUUCAGCUUCGCCUUCGGCCUGUUUAUGUACCAGACGAUGGACAACCUCGACGGCAAGCAGGCGCGGCGCACCGGCACAUCGAGCGGACUCGGCGAGCUCUUCGACCACGGCAUCGACUCCUUGAACUGCACCUUGGCCAGUCUCCUCGAGACCGCGGCCAUGGGCCUCGGCACCUCCAAGUCUGGCGUCUUCACAGCCCUCGUGCCCUGCCUGCCCAUGUUCUUCUCGACCUGGGAGACAUACCACACGCACACCCUGUACCUCGGCAGGAUCAACGGCCCUACCGAGGGCAUCCUGAUCGCCUGCAGCUUCAUGGUCGUCUCCGGCAUCUACGGCCCCGGCAUCUGGACCGAGCCCAUCAUCAACAUCCUCGGCGACAAGGCCGAGCAGCACCUCUUUGGCUUCCACUACCUGCUGGGCGACUACUCGAUCCGUGACAUUUGGAUCGCCAUGAUUGUCUUCUCCCUCUUCGCGACGCACAUCCCCUUCUGCGUCCUCCACGUGAUUCAGGCCCGUCGCGCGCGCGGCGAGCCCGUGGCCCCCGUCUUCUUGGAGUGGACGCCCAUGACCGUCUUCACCCUCGCUAUCGGCGCCUGGGUCUACUCGCCUUACUCGGCCAUCCGCAGCGACAACCAUCUUGUGCUCUUCUGCUUCAUCAUGGCCUUUGUCUUUGGUCGCUUGACCACCAAGAUGAUCCUUGCCCACCUGACGAAGCAGCCUUUCCCAUACUGGACCGUCAUGCUCGUGCCCCUCGUCGGUGGCGCCAUCUUUGCCAACCUGCCGCAUCUGGGUCUCCCUGCCGUCAGCGCCCAGGCCGAGCUGUACUACCUGUACGCCUACCUCGUCUUCUCCGGCGUUGUCUACUUCCGCUGGGCGUACUUGGUCAUCACCAGCAUCUGCAACUUCCUGGGCAUCAACGCUCUUACCAUACCCAAGGAGAAGCAGCUGGCGAACAAGCAGGCAAUCGCUGCCGCCAAGGCACCGCCUCUGACCAACGGUCUCAUGAACGGCAUGAAGAAGGACUAA